UCAAUAUGGACGAGUCAUUGGCGCAUCCUUCUAGAAAGAUUCUCCUGGUCGUCACCACUGGAGGCUUUACCCAUGCCAGUCCCGUCUUCGAGAUAGGCCGCGUGCUGUCCGAGCGAGGCCACAGGAUUGAAUUCGCCACUCUCGACGGCCAGGAACACUGGAUCAAGGGUUAUGAGUUCAUCUCCAAGAUCCAUCCUCUCGGUCCAGGGCCAACUGCCGAGCAGCUCAACGCGCAUUAUCUGCGCAUGCGAUCGUGGGACAUGUCCAAGGGCAUCAACAUGGACUCCAAGUAUAUGUUUGAUUCCUUCUGGCCGCAGACAUACCGCGGGUUGAAAGCCAUCAUGGAGGAUCCCGCGACGCGACCUGCCAUGAUGGUCGGUGACUUCUUCGUCGACGCCGUCAAGGAUAUGCUCGUCGAGUACCGUAUUCCCAUCGCCAUGGUCUGGCCGAACAUGCCGUUCCUCAUGAUGCCGUGCAAGUACAUUCCUGGUGAACCGGGCUUUCAGAUCGAUGGUACGACGACGUCAGAGAAUGCGUCCAUGUGGCUGCGCAUCAAGAACGAACUGGUCCCAGUCCUCAGUCUGCCCACCAUCAUCAAGUGGAUGAAAUGGACUGGCCAGAUGCGCCGUCGGACUGGUGUGACUUAUCCUGUACAUAAGAUCCAGAAACCAGACUAUCUCAUCUUCGUCAACUCUUUCUUUGGUCUUGAGAUUCCUCGUGAUCUUCCCCCGACUUGUGCAGCUGUCGGACCGCUGCUGAGUGAUACGUAUGCUGCUCUGGAUGGAGAGUUGGAUACCUUCCUUUCGCAGCACAAAUCGGUCAUUUAUAUUGCACUCGGAACGCACAUCAUCGUGUCUAACCACGAGGCAACAAAGAUCAUCAAUGCUCUCAUCCGCCUUUUGGAAGCGCAGUUAAUCGACGGAGUCAUCUGGGCCGUGGCCCAGAGUGGUCGACAGGACUUGGAUGUUGACAGUACAUUCCAGACCAGCAAGAGACAAUUACGACUGGGCGACCUGCUCGAUGGCCACCAUCCAGACUGGAUGUUCUCCUUCUUCGCACCACAGCGAGCCAUUCUCGACCACGAAUCCACCAAGAUCUACUUCACCCACGGCGGGGGAUCCAGUGCCAACGAAGGCCUCUUCCACGGUAAGCCAAUGCUGUCGAUGGGUAUAUUUGGCGAUCAGAUUCAAAACACCACUCGCCUCGUGGCUGGUGGCGUGGCUGAAUCCCUGAACAAGUAUCACUUCACCUCCGACGAGCUGUACACCAAAGCGCAGGACAUCAUCCGUGAUGAAGAUGGAACUUUCCAUCGCAACGCUCUGCGCAUGAUGCGUAUUGCCCACGUGGCCUCUCGCCGCAAGUACCACGCAGGCGAUCUGAUCGAGGAGAUGAUGUACGACAAUGAGCUGCGCUUCAAAGAUGGCAAAGAGUUGCGUCCGAUGCAUCUGCAGACGGCGGAUAUGCGCAUGCCUGCAUACAAGGCCAAGAACUGGGAUAUGUAUGCUGUCUUCGCGGUGGGAUUUGCUGCGAUGGUUGCAUCGACUGCGUUCGGGGGUAAGUGGCUGUGGAGGAACAGAAAUGUGAUAGAGCCAGUUACAUCUUUCCUGGGUAGUUAGAAGUGGUUUAAGAGUAUUCAGUAUAGAGUCAGAUCCGCACUGAGUGCAUAGUAAAUGGAUAUCUUCUACAAAUAACGUAUCAAUUACUGC